AUCUUUUUUGCGCUCAAAUAAUAAGUGUUUAGUCAUUUUCGUCCAAAUCGGGCUUGUUCUCGAAGUUUUCCAUUUAAACAGGGAAUAAAAGAGGCCUUAAUCUUUUGGUAGAGCUUAAUUCCAAGACAACAGCACACAAACAAGUACCAUGGAGUUUCCACAUCUGGGGCAGAACUGCAGCGAGCCAACCUGUAACAGACUGGAUUUCCUGCCAGUGAAGUGCGACUCGUGCGACAAGGUCUUCUGCGCCUCUCACUACAGCUACGAGCGCCACAACUGCCCGGGAGCGUACAAAAAGAACGUCCAGGUUCCCAUCUGUCCGCUCUGCCGUGAACCUGUGCCCACGCCGCCCGGAGUGGAGCCAGAUGUCACCGUGGGCCAGCACAUCGAUCAGCAGUGCAAGUCGGAUAGUAAGAAGAUAUACACGAAUCGCUGCCAUGCCAAGGGCUGCAAGCGCAAGGAGCUCAUCCCCGUAAAGUGUUCAUCAUGCCAUUUGAAUUUCUGUCUACGUCAUCGGCAUACGAGCGACCACGACUGCCAGCCAGCGAGUAUCCCAGCCCCAGCUACAUCAUCCAGUACCGGAGGUUGGCAGUCAAUUUUCAAGUCCUCGGACACACGCUCAAUGGCUGCCCAGGCGGCGGAGAAACGCAGACAAAACAAGCCGACAGCGAGCACCGUUGGUGCCUCGAAUACCCGGCCGAGAGCCGCAGCAGCAGCAUCGCAGGCCACACAAGUACAAACGAUACAAGGAAAUAUGAGCGAAGACGAAGCACUUGCUCGAGCCCUAGCUUUAUCAAUCAUGGAACAGGAUGACGCUGCGGAACGGAACCGGCAGCAGCAGCCCCAAAGUCAAAACAAUGCCCAACAGGUUACUGUGGGCGGCAGUCAGCAGGGAAAUGCCAAGGACAAGUGCCUGCUGUCUUAGUUUACAACAGCUGCCACCUCAACUUCGACAUAUCCCCCACUUGACCAACUAUUAGCUCUUAGUUAAACAAACAAAAGCAAGCGUUCUGUUAUUUAUAAUAUUUUGUUGGUAAUUUACUUUGACUUCGUCACAUUCUACGUGGUUUAGCAAAAAUAAAUCGAUGUUAAGUCUACAUUUUUGGAAAGAA